UGUUUAUUUCCCUCCAUAGAUGCUGCCUGACCUGCUGAGUUUUGUGUGCCGUACCCUGGGAGUGUGUGAUGGGACGGUGUAGAGGGAGCUUCACUCUGUGUCUGACCCCGGGAGUGUGUGUUGGGACAGUGUGGAGGGAGCUUCACCCUGUGUCUGACCCCGGGAGUGUGUGAUGGGACGGUAUGGAGGGAGCUUCACUGUGUCUGACCCCAGGAGUGUGUGAUGGGACGGUGUGGAGGGAGUUUCACUCCGUGUCUGACCCCGGGAGUGUGUGAUGGGACGGUGUAGAGGGAGCUUCACUCUGUGUCUGACCCCGGGAGUGUGUGUUGGGACGGUGUGGAGGGAGCUUCACUGUGUCUGACCCCGGGAGUGUGUGAUGGGACAGUGUGGAGGGAGCUUCACCCUGUGUCUGACCCCGGGAGUGUGUGAUGGGACGGUAUGGAGGGAGCUUCACUGUGUCUGACCCCAGGAGUGUGUGAUGGGACGGUGUGGAGGGAGUUUCACUCCGUGUCUGACCCCGGGAGUGUGUGAUGGGACGGUGCAGAAGGAGCUUCACUGUGUAUCCGACCUUUCUGGGAGUAUUUAGUACCACAGGAGCAGUUCGGACGUGUGUCGAGGAGGCAGGAGCACCGAGGCUGGCUGUCAACCCCUCCUGGUGCUCAGCCAUGGUGGACCACUUGCUCCCAGCUGAAGAGAUCUUCCUGCCAGCGAGCCCCGGGCUGGGUCGCCUGGGCGACACAGUGAUGGGGAGCGGGGGCUACCACAUGCUGCCCUCCCCCCUCUCCGAGGACGAGAGUGACUGCUCCAGCUCGCGCUCCUGCUCCAGCCCCGAGUCUGUUGCUCCUGGGAUCCGUUACGCCAGCGCCCUGGGCCACGGGAGGGCAGACAGGAUCAUCAAUUACCUCCUGUCCCAGGCCUCCCUCGGAGCUGCCAGCACCCCCCACGGCAGCAGGAGGGAUGGCCAGGCCAUCAUCAAGGAGGGCGUGCUGGGGUUCCCGGGUUAUCCGAAGGGGAUGGACGAGCUGGGCCUGUUCCAGCCCACGCUGGAGGAGAUCGAGGAAUUCCUGGAGGAGAACAUGGACGUAGGCUCAAAGGACGAGCGCAGAGCUGGGGCAAGGGAACCCCAAAGUGCAGACGGGGGUCCGGGAAGCCAGGUGACGGAGAAGGAUCAGCUGAAGCCCCCCGCCGCAGAGCCAAAGUGUGAGGGGGCGCGGGGUGUGGAGGAGGCAUUGACGGCGGGAGGGGGGCUCCCAGUUGUCCUCCAGCUUCAGCCAAUGGGGGGAAGCAGGAGGCUGGGUGCAGCCCCCCCAGCUCCCAGUCCCGGGGAGGUGAAGGUCACCCAGCUCCUGGUCAACAUCCAGGGCCAAACCUUCACCUUGGUGCCUCACUUCGUGCCUUCCUCCAGCCUGAGCGGCUCCCGGCAGUUCGUCCGCAUCGCGCCUGUGCCCAUUGCUGCCAAACCUGUGCCCGGCGGGGCUGAGGGCUCCCAGGGCGAGUCCGGGAUCCUCCUGGGGCAGAGGCUGCAACGGGAUGGCCCGGCCGACCUCCUCAAGAUGCACAAGUGUUCAUUCCUGGGAUGCACCAAGAUGUACAGCAAGAGCAGCCACCUGAAGGCCCACCUGCGGAGACACACCGGAGAGAAGCCCUUCGCCUGUACCUGGCCCGAGUGUGGCUGGAGGUUCUCCAGGUCUGAUGAGCUGUCCAGGCACAGGCGUUCUCACUCUGGGGUCAAGCCGUAUCAGUGUCCAGUCUGUGAAAAGAAGUUUGCCCGCAGUGACCAUCUGUCCAAGCACAUCAAGGUGCACCGGUUCCCCAGGACGGGCCGCACUGCCCGGCCAGUGAACUGACCGCUGUGUUGGG